AUGGCGACGAGAGCUCCCGCUGAUAUCGACGAGACUGAAGCUUCACCAUCGAUAUUUCAGGUGCUGGUCCAAAGAGAGAGACCACUGGUGCUCAGAAACGCUGCAAGGUCUUGGAAAGGUCAACCCAUUCUGGAGAACCCUCGUGUCAAGCGCCUAAGGACAACAUGGCGGAUUCAUCCGCUGGGUGUCAGCACGGUGUGGGAGGCAGACUGCAUCUUCCUGGAAGCCUCUGUAGGCCAGUUUCUGGAGUGGGAGAAGUCGGCCGAACCGCUCUCUGCAGAGGGUGAUAACCCUUUCAGACACUACGAUCGGAAUGCUCACUGGUCGUACGCGGACUACAAGCACUUGAAGGAGCUCGAAGAUGAUUGGGCGAAGGCUCUAGAACCGAUUAUUGAUUGGUCGACCCUGGGCUGCGAGAAAGCUGCGACGGACUCCACACUGUGGUUGGGCACGGGGGGCUCUCACACGCCUCUCCACUUUGACACCUAUGGCGUCAAUCUGGUGGCCCAACUGCACGGCAGAAAAAAAUGGCUCCUCUACCCUCCAGCUGACACAACGGCCCUUGCGCCUACCCGGAUACCGUACGAAGAGAGCAGUGUCUUCAGCCAGGUGGACGCCAGAGCGCCAGACCUUGUCAGGUUUCCUCAGUUUGCAGAGGCGCAUCCGCUGGCGGUUACGCUUGAGCCAGGAGAUGUCCUUUUCGUCCCGAAGCACUGGUGGCACUUUGUGGAGGCGACAGACACUUCGCUGAGUGUAAACGUUUGGGUUGACACCCCCAAUGAUUCGGAAGACCGUGCCAAAGAGAGUGUGGCGCGUGUGCUCAUGACAUCUCUUGCGGGCGGACUUGAUGCCGAGGUUGGUCCGGGUUGGCUGAAUCCUACGGAACAAGCGGUGUGGCCUAUUGAGGAGACGCUGGCGGUUGCCAGCCUGGCUUUCCAAGGGCUGAAUGCCCACCCGGAAGAAGAAUCAAGUGAUCACGAAAAUGGCGCCGCAGGGGCAAGGGCGGGCGGCGAUUUUUCUGUGAGGGCGAUGGCGGACGCCAUCACGGCACCAGAUGUGCUGCAAAUGGUCUUCGAGAGGAUAGCUCAGAAAAGAAGGAUAGCAUAG